GCGCGUUUUACUUGCUACAUUUCGACUUCCGCUCUUUCAAAUACAUUUCUCCCUUAUCCGAAACUGUUACAUUAAGAGAAAUGCCCUCCAACGUUGAAAUCAAAGCGAAAGUAAAAGAUUUUGAAACUUUCAAGAGAAAGGCAAACGAAAUCAGUGAUUCAGAAGGGGAGAUCAUCGAGCAGAAAGACAUUUUUUACAAUGUACCCCAAGGAAGGCUCAAGUUACGACUCCUUCAUAAUCAGCCAUCUCAACUCAUCUUUUAUCAAAGAGAUGACAAGUCUGGCCCAAAGAUGUCAGAGUUUUAUACUGCACCAACUAAUGAGCCUGAUAAAUUAGCUGACGUUCUGUCCCGUGCAAUGGGGGAGAAAGGUGUGGUUAAGAAAAAGCGCCUCUUAUAUCUUGUGGGACAGACAAGAGUACACUGUGAUGAGGUUGAAGGAUUGGGUUGUUUUAUGGAGUUAGAGGUAGUGAUGAAGGAAAACCAAAGCACAUUUGAAGGAGAACAAAUUGCAAGGGACUUGAUGUCAAAGCUAGGAGUUGAAGAAGCUGAUCUUGUUAAGGGGGCUUAUAUAGAUUUACUCUCUACAAAAACCACACAAAACAAAAGUGUGUGGUAGGUGGAACAAGUAAAUAUAACCUGUACAUUCAUUGCUAAACUAAAAGAAUAACAAUAGAAUAAUUGCCGGAGAAUAAUUAUUGUACAGCUUUUUUAGUUUUAAAUAUUUUUGCUCAUUUCUGAGUCUCAAAAAACUGUGUAAACCAAAAUUUUUCUCUUUUUCUUAACUUAUGCAAGGUUGCUUAUGUCAGAAUAGCAUUUGAUUUUUAAAAACAUAUGUUGUAAAGUUAAGCAUAGCGAGACAAAGCAUGACAAACAAUUCUAAAGUAAGCUAUGAUUACAUAAUUACAACCAGAAAUAUGAUUUAUGUUUAUGUGUAACCCUUUUUAGUUAGAGUAUUUGUGAAAAUAUUCCCACUACGUGUCGUAUGGAAUAUGGAAUCUUGUACAUGCUUUCCUUCAAAAAACAGGUAGGAACACCAGUUCCACAGGAUUUAUGAAAGUGUCCUCUCUUAUCUGUGAAAUUGCGCAUAUGUGGUAAUUAAGUUGUUUAUUCCAAGGGAAACUCGUAUUAUCUUCUUUAUUUUGUAUCACGUAUGAUUUAGCUACCAUUAUGUAUAUAAGAACCCUGAUUCAAUCAAUAAAGGAGAUUCAGUUGAU